AUGGCGCCGACGGCGGCACCCGCCAGCGCGCCGACGCCCGCGCCCACGGGAGCGGCCCUCUCCGAGGAGGCCGCGCAGGCGGCGGCCGUCGUGGUGGAGGAGGUCGGGCAGCAGGAGGGCGGCCUGCUCCGCAGCCUCUUCGAGAACGUCUCGGAGGUCGCAGUCUCGAACGCCAGCUCGGUUGCUUCCGUCGAGGCUACGUCCGUGACCACCAAGGUGGGAGUCACCGCCGCGGCUGUUGUAGACGCGGUCGCGGUUGCGAGCAGCGGGGCCUCCGCAGUGGAGAUCUCUGCCGACGACAGUGCACGGUCCCAGGUGGUCAGAGUCGUGGUGCCGGCCUCGGUGAUCUCGCAGGCGGCCAGCGGCCACGCGAGCGGCGGUGGCGGCACCGCCGUCGGCAUCGCAGUCACCGUGUUGGCCGAUGCAUUCCCCGAGACGAGGUCGGCGUCUGCACAGGUGAGCGUAGUAGUGGUGGACAACGACGGCAACGAACUCUCUGGAGUGCAGCUGGCAGAGCCUGUGGAGAUCGUCCUGUUGAGUCAAAAGAGUGAAGGUCUCGUGUGCGCAUGGUGGAACAGCCCAGCAACGUCGUGGUCUACCUCUGGCGUCGAGGAGGUCGUCCACGAUGGGCCGCAGUUCGUUUGCAGAACCCACCACCUUUCGAUAUUCACUGCCUUGGCCAGUUUUGCAACUACUCUGGAGAAGGCUUUGGUCUGCUCGAACUCGAAGGUAGUAUCGGCAGAGUCAUUUCGGCAAGCCACCAGCGACACGACGUGGGUGUACACAUUGGACGGUUUCGUUUAUGUGUUUUUGAUUGUUGUGACCAUUAUCCUCAUGAUGAGUUCGUUCUACUUGGACUCUCGGUGGAAACGACGGUAUUUGUGGACAGACACAUCUUUCUGCACCACGAACGAGUCCCUAAAGACAGAAAAGAAGGGUUUUCUCGAGAUGGCUAAGGCUGCUUACAAAGAGCAACUCGACAUCUCCCGGAUAUCCAGGACUGUGACCUACCAUGCAUUGGCACACGAGGAGAAGGUGGCUGUCCAGAGCAUUCAAAAUCUCCUAAAGGGGCGUCUGGAAGUGGACCAGGACGGCACCACGAAUACCACAGGGGGCGUAGCAGCAGUCCUCAGGGAAGCAGGCGAUAGAAUGGACGAGGCCGUUGACAGCGCUGUCGAUAUCGCAAACCAGGCAGUGGUUGCCGUGGGUCAGCUCGUCGAGAGAAACAGCAAGAAAACGUUGGAGCGGAUGGGAUUGGCCAAGGUGGACGUCGCGAAGGAGGUGCCCGAGUUGCUUUCUGUGAAGGCGGUGAGCUUGUGUGACACGUUCUGGAGCUCACGCCGACGAUGGCAAGUCUGGGUAAUAUUCGUAUCCGUCAACAGGUGGAUCCAGUGGUAUCAUUACAGCAUAUUCGAUCGGAGCACCACUCGUGGCGUACUUCUCUUGGGCCAGGUGUGGGGUGCGAUAGCGGUGAUCGCUCUAUUCAGCGAACAGACGGGCAGCAGCCUUAGCCAGGGCAGUGAUGCGGAGUGCGAGGUCAACAGUGUUUGGGAGCGGGUGCAGAUGGACGUCGCGGUGGGUUUCUGGUCCGCUAUCAUGUCUUCGGUCCCCAUUGCCAUUUCGCAAGCGGUUCUGCUCCGCAGGCGGUUUGUGUACCAGUCUGAGUGGGAGGUAACACAGCGUAUGAGCUAUUCGCGCUGGUGGAAACUGCAAGAGAUGCUCUUGCUCCUGUUUGUCGGCUUGUACACCACCGCCUGCAUCUUGUUUGUGGGGCUCUUCCUGGGCAGCGUCACUCCAAUGUCCCGGAAGCACAUGACCGCGUCCAGCAUCUGCAGCGUGUGUACGAAGGUUGUGGCGGUCCCUCUUGGCAUAUCGAUCGCCCUACUGGCCGUGGCCACUGUACAUCAGCGGCUGCAGCCGGGCACACUGGAGAAGAUCAAGGAGGACAUCAGGACGAGGUUCGAAAUGGAAGAGAGACGGAGGGGCCCGAUGCCGAUGCUCGAUGAGGUCUGCCCACUGGGCCCCCCGGAGAAGGAGUGCUGCCAGGAGCCCGAGGAAGAGCCGAAGAAGCGGAGCCUGGCCCUGGUGGAGCCGGCGGAGCCAGAGGCCGAGGACGCCGUCUUCUGCCCGGCCCCGCACCUCGAGCCCGCGCCCGUGCUGCCGGGCCCGGCCCUGCGGCCCGAGCCCGCGCCCGCGCUGCUGGGCGCUGUGCCGGGCGCGGUGCACGACAGCGACGACGGGCUCGACGAGGACCACAUGACCACAUGGGCAUCGUCUUCGGGAUGCCGUACGAGCACGCGGGCCACGGCGACUUCGGCGGCGCGCUCCGGGGCGCCCUGUCGGCGGUGGGCGUCGGCGCCGCCAGCCUCCGCGGGCUGCGCGUGGGCCUGCGCGAGGGCCCCGCCGGCGGCACGGUCGCGGUGCUCAACGGCCCCGUGGCCGCGAUCGUCGAGGUAG